AUAUUCCCAGAAGUAGACUACCACAAAGUGGAUAACCCAUGAUUGGGAAAACUUACUUAUAAGCGAAACAUAAACUUUUUAUUUCAUAAAGUCGAACGUAAUAUCAAAUUGAAAAUCAUACAAAGCAUCAAGAUUCAAAUGUACAACAUGUUCCUGCACGUCUCCGUUGCGUUACUUUUAGGAUCGUUUUGCUCUGCAUCGACGAUUUCGAAUCCACGCGAAGAUCACGAAUUUCAAUGUUCCAUCGAUGUAUAUCUACGAGAAGAAUGCAAUAUAUCUACAACCAAUGAACUUGAAUGUCUGAGCUCAGGAUGCUGUUUCUCUGACGACCCCUAUGACGCCGUGAAAUGUUACAAGAAACGUAAAGACACAAUGACUAUAAAAUGUGAAGUACAAGAGUCUUCAAGGAAAGAUUGCGGAUAUGGAGGAAUCACACCAACAAGAUGUGAGGACUUGGGAUGUUGCUUUGAGGCUAGCAACAUGGCCGGAGUUCCCUGGUGCUUUUAUGCAAAAGAAGAAAAAAAUGAAAAAGAAGAAUCAACCAAGGAGCUAAAAACUUCUCUGAUAAACAAGUUCAAGUCUGGUCUCGAUUCAAUAUUUGAACAAGAGUCUUUGAAACCAGAUACCGAUAAUAAAGUAACAUCGGAGGAAGGAGUUUCAGAUUGGUUGGAAAACUUGUUAGAUCAGAUCUCAACUAUCACUACUGGACCAGUAGAGUCACCCGAAAAUUUCUAUGGAAGACCUGGUGAGGAAAUUAACCCAAAGAUGGUUGAAGAUGAGAAAGCAUGCAUGAAAACAUAUGAGCUGCUGUUAUCUGUGAAUGGACAAUUUGAAUGUGAAAUAUACCCAAUCAGACGAGUUGAGUGUAUAUCCGGUGGACUCCGAUUGCGUGAAGACGAGAGUGAAUGCACAGCAUGUACAAAGCUUGGAUGUUGUUACGAUCCAGAAAUGAAAGGAAGCGGAACACCGCACUGUUACAGAGGUCGACCAAUUGUUGUUUCUUCCGCAUUGCCCACUACAACAACUACACCAGCGCCUACAACAAAUCCAAGAUGGUCGAUGUUAUUGAAUCAAUUGGGUAUUAGACCAGAAGAAAGUUCCGCUUCCAGAAACCCAUUCACAACGCAAAAUAAAAGUCUAUGGAAUCAGGGUCAAAGUUCACCAUGGAGUCAAACAUCGAAUCUGCAACCUCCUGUUAAUUUUCCUGGAGCUAACCAAUUACAAGGCGCUGGCAGUUUUGAAGAAAGUCUGUUUCAUCAAAUUAACUCACAAAAUGGAAUUGGAAGCAGCAACAACAACUUUCUAAACGGCCUGAAGCCGAUACAAGGUAACGGAAUAACAAGCAACAAUGUGAAAAGUAUUUUGAACGCUCUUAACCCUGUACAAUCGACUGGUGCUUUUACUAACACAGACAAUACUAACACUGGAAGCAUUUUGAGCGCAUUGCGUCCAGUAAAUAAUAACGGUGGUUUGUCCGGUAUUCUGAGUGCAUUGAAACAACCACAAGUCAACGAAGUUGGAAACAGCGGAGGAAAUAGUCUUGUGAAUAACCUUUUAAAUUCUCUUAAAAAAUCAUCUUCGUCGGGCCAUUCCAGCUCUACUAACACGCAUGCUAACAAUAUUUUUGGUGGAUUAAAUGUUGAUCGAGAACAUGUCAGCAGCAAUGCCAAUAUUGCUAAUCUACUAACAUCUUUCGGAGACAAAAAUAACAACGGUGGCAGCUUGAUUUCAUCUUAUCUGUUAAAUAAAAUUACUAACCAAAACAAUCCUACUUCAAAUUUGCCUGGUUUGCCUAACUUAAGCUCUCUAUUGUCUGAAAAUGUUGGAUCAAAUCGGGUUAAUUCUGCAUCAACAGGAGACUCUAACACCCAGCGUCCAGGAAUCCCAAAUUUAGCUUCGCUACUCUCUGGAAACAGUGUAACAUCUGGAAGUUCUAACACUCAACGUCCAGGAAUCCUUAAUUUGGCUUCUUUACUCUCUGGAAAUAGUGCAACAACAGGAGGUUUCAACACUCAACGUCCGGGAAUCCCAAGUUUGGCUUCCAUACUAUCUGGAAACAGUGCAUCGACAGGGGGAUCUAACACCCAACGUCCAGAAAUUCCAAAUUUGGCUUCUUUGAUUUCUGGAAACUCUGCAUCAACCGGAGGCACUAACACCCAACGUCCUGGAAUUCCAAAUUUGGCUUCUCUGCUAUCUAGCAACACUGCAUCAACAGGAGGCAGCAACUCUAAGUCAUCGAGUGUUUCAAGUUUGACUUCUCUCUUAUCUGGCAACUCUGCGGCGGGAAGUGACGCCAAGCCCUCGGGACUAGCAAAUCUAGCUUCUAUCCUAGCAGGAAAUUCUGCUCCAUCCUCGGGAAGCAAUACAAAACAAAGCAGUCUUUUCAAUUUGGCUUCUAUCUUGUCUGGAAAUUCGAACGGUUUAAAUCUGGGUUCAACAAGCAGUGGCUCUACAAAACCAGCUGGUUUAUCAAAUCUGACAUCAAUGAUUUUUGGGAAUCGUGUUCAGACAAAUCGUGAAGCACCAAAGUCCGCCACACCGACUCCAGAACAGAGCAAGUAUCUUCCAGAUAUGUUCGAAUAUUUUGGAGGAUCUAAACCGGAACAACUCUGCUAUCCAAAGAACUGUGGUACUCUAGGAGAAAUGCAUUCACAACGAACUACGCGACGAAUCGUUGGAGGGCAGUGGACAGGCGGAAUUGAUUAUUGGCCAUGGAUGGCUUCAUUCCGACGUAACUUUACUGAUGACUGGACCUAUAAACACGUUUGUGGAGCAGCGUUAAUAUCAGAAAGAUGGAUUCUUACUGCAGGACAUUGUUUUAUGCUUUACAGAUCUAAAGCAGAAAAAGUUGUUGGACAAAAAGAAACCAAUAUAAAUGCUUUUACAAUUCAUCUGGGAGCAUAUUACAGAGAUAUUGCUGAGCUUACCUUGCAAGUAUUUGCUCUUGAGAAAUUCAUCGCUCAUCCCGAGUAUGACUUCAGAAGCUUGAAGCAUGACAUCGCUGUAGCGAAAUUACUGGAACCAGCCGUGAUAAACAAUCAUGUUAGACCUAUAUGUUUGCCUUUUAAAACAAAUAUGAUGGAAGUUGGUGCUACAACGUGGGUCACUGGAUGGGGAGAAACAUUACAUGUUGGAGAUCACAAUGAAUCAAAACUGAAAGAACUUCCAUUGCCCUUGAUUUCACAAUAUGAAUGUAAAAACCACUGGAAAAAUCAUUUUCACGAGAGUUGGAUUUGUACGGAAGGAGCUUAUCUGGAAGAUGCAUGCACUGGUGAUUCUGGUGGUCCUCUUGUUCGACAAGGUUACGACGGCAGAUGGAAAGUCGUAGGUGUUGCAAUUGCUGGAACUAAACGUUGUUCGACAGACCGUACUGAUAUUAGACCGGGAAUUUACACCAAUGUUGCUUAUUAUAGAGAAUUUAUUGAUUCCGCUACAAAUGGAGUUUGUCAUUGAUUAAAUUAUUCUAGAUAUUCUGCGUUAAAGUGCCAAUUAGACGCGUGAU